AUGGUGCUAAGAAUGGCGAGACUCACUGAUGAUGCCGGCGAAACGUCUGGGAAUAAUUGCUGCCUUGUGAACCAGGCGCCCCAACAACUGUUCCAGGAGCUUCCGGUCGUGCGCCUCUUACCAAUUGAACAACAUCGUUUAAAAUUGACAAAUACGGUUAAUCUCCCAGUGUACACGACAUCACGACGUAACAAUGAGAUGGAUCAAGGUCUCGUAACGAGUCUCGAUAUGCCUACUGUGGAUCACAGUUCGCACUGGAUUCUGCAGGGAGCUGCUGUUUUGCUUAAUUCCGACUGA